UUAUAUACCACUUCCCUCCCAAGCUCCGACCAUCUUUGAUUCUCAAAAAUAAAUAAAUAAAGGUUCCAACCAUUUUUACCCUUUACCAUCUCUCCGCAAGCAACAACCCAAAUCCCCAUUCCCCCGUUCAUUUCCAAAACGCACACCAAAAAAAAACACCGUUUAUAACAUAAUACAGGCGUCGAAACACAAAAAAACCGUUUCAAACCCAAAUUCGAUGGCAUCCGGGUCGGGCUCGGUUUCUCUGAUGUGGUUCCGGAAGGGCCUGAGGAUACACGACAACCCGGCGCUCGAGCGCGCCGCCCAGUCCACCAAAUUCCUGUACCCUGUAUUCAUAAUCGACCCGCAUUACAUGGAGCCAGAUCCCAACGCGUUCUCUCCCGGGUCGACACGGGCUGGGCUGAACCGGAUCCGGUUCCUGCUCCAGAGCCUUGCGGAUCUUGACUUGAAUCUCAGGAAGCUCGGGUCCAGGUUGUUGGUGUUGAAGGGAGAGCCCAGCCAGGUUCUCUUUCGUUGCCUCAAGGAGUGGGAUGUCAAGAAGCUUUGCUUUGAAUAUGACACAGAGCCAUACUAUCAAGCUUUAGAUAUUAAAGUUAAGGACUAUGCAUCUAUUGCUGGAAUUGAGGUUUUCUCUCCUGUGAGUCAUACACUCUUCAAUCCCGCUGAUAUUAUACAAAAGAACGGGGGAAGGCCACCUUUGAGCUAUCAAUCAUUUGUGAAGCUUGCUGGGCAACCCUCAUGGGCGUCAUCCCCGCUUUCAGUCACAAUUUCUUCACUUCCUCCUGUUGGGGAUGUUGGAGGAUGUGAGAUUUCAGAAGUUCCUACAAUCAAAGAACUUGGCUAUGGAGACAUUGAACAGGACGAGUUUUCUCCUUUCAGAGGUGGUGAAUCUGAAGCCUUGAAGAGGUUGAAAGAAUCAAUUAACAACAAGGAGUGGGUGGCGGCCUUCGAGAAGCCUAAGGGUGACCCGUCUGCUUUUUUGAAACCAGCAACAACUACUCUAUCACCUUACCUGAAAUUUGGAUGUCUCUCUUCCAGGUACUUCUACCAAUGUCUUCAAGAUGUAUAUAGGAAUGUUAAAAGACAUACAUCACCUCCGGUUUCUCUUGUUGGACAGUUGUUAUGGCGAGACUUUUUCUACACUGUAGCUUUUGGCACUCCCAAUUUUGAUCAGAUGACGGGUAACAGAAUAUGUAAGCAGAUACCUUGGAAUGACAAUAAUGAAUUGCUGGUGGCUUGGAGAGACGCUAGGACAGGGUACCCUUGGAUUGAUGCUGUCAUGACUCAGCUCCACAAGUGGGGUUGGAUGCAUCAUCUAGCACGACAUUCCGUUGCAUGUUUUUUGACUCGUGGUGAUCUGUUUGUCCAUUGGGAAAAAGGACGUGAUGUUUUUGAAAGGCUUCUAAUUGAUUCAGAUUGGGCAAUCAACAAUGGGAACUGGCUAUGGCUUUCUUGUUCAUCGUUUUUUUACCAGUACAACCGUAUCUACUCCCCGAUCUCAUUUGGGAAGAAGUAUGACCCCAAUGGUGACUAUAUCAAGCAUUUUCUGCCCAUACUGAAAGAUAUGCCAAAGGAGUACAUUUAUGAGCCAUGGACAGCUCCUCUAAGUGUUCAGACGAAAGCAAAGUGCAUAAUUGGAAAAGAUUAUCCAAAGCCAGUGGUUCCUCAUGAUUCUGCAAGCAAAGAAAGCAGAAGGAAGAUGGCCGAAGCAUAUUCAUUGAACCAAAAAUUGAAUGGUAAAGUGAGUGAAGAAGAUCUGAAAAAAUUAAGGAGAAAAUUGGAGGAAGAUUCAGAAGAUACAAAACAGGAAGUUAAAACUAAAAGGAUGAGACAAAAAUUGAUUUGCUAAGUGCAAAAUUUCUUCUGAUUUUGUUGUCUAGUGCCUAUGUUGUAUUUUAACAAUCAAAGGGAUGGGAUGGCUGACAACCAUCUAUUUCUUAACUUAAACAAGGGACAUACUAAUUUAGGCAUGAUUGUUCUGUUGAUAAAAUGGUAGAGCUUGUUCUCACUCGUUUUUUUAUUUUAGAUGUUCUUCAUAAGAACUGGCUUUGUAAAUAUUUAUUGACUGCCUUCCUCUA